GCGCCAGUGCGCACCUCCCUAUAAUAAUCUGGCUGAGCAGCGUCUCUGUCUUUUCAGCUCCACUCACUAACAAUCCAGCCAAGCGGAGAGGAGAGACUGGCACCACCGAGUUCCCUGCAAGCUUCUGUGGAUUCUAUCUAAAGACCAAACCAACAAACCCAAAAUAGGGAAAUAGGCUGCAACUUGGUGUUUCCUGCCAGUACAGGAGUUAUCAGAUCUGAAUCUACACCUGCUGACAGAUCUUAGUGUGUUUUCCACAGAGCAGCGUCCAUGAGUUUGGAGGAUCUACUAUGAGGUUCUGAUUUUUCACAGCGGAUCUGAUUUUGCCAUGGUUCCACUACAAACUAAGUUUGAUCUUUUUUUAUUCCACUUUGGAGAGAAUGUUCGCAACUUGAAUUAACGAGUUGCGGCUGAAAGAAGUUUAUUAUUUGACGGGAGACUUUAAAUCGUUGUUCCUUUUUUUCCAACCCAGAGCAGUUUGUGUGCGUCUCUCCGGGAUGUUGGCGGUCAUAGUUGGACUCUUGUGUUUGCUCGGUGGACGCGCGGUGCGGAGUCAGGAUGCUACAGGUAGCCGCUUUGUGUGUAACGCCAUCCCUCCGGGCGCAGAGCCGGGCUGCGGGUACGGUCCUACCGGGAACCGCGUCCAGAGCAGCAGUCCGGUGGAGGACGAGCUGCGGAACACCAUCAUCCAGCUCCGGGAGACCAUCCUGCAGCAGAAGGAGACCAUCGUGAGCCAGCAGGGAACCAUCAAGGAGCUCAACUCCAAGCUGGCGCGCUGCGAGGCGGCGGCGGACGAGUCGUCGCAGGGCAAAGCUCGGGGUCACGGCUCCAGACGGAAGGAGUACGGCAAGAACACGAUGGGGGACCUGCCCCGGGACCCCAGCGACACCAUAGACCAGCUGGGCAAGACCAUGCAGAGCCUCAAGGGGCGACUGGAGAACUUGGAGCAGCACAGUCUUCGUCUCCCCAGCUCUAACGUCUCGGCUGGAGGAGUCUCGGCCCUGACUCCGUUGCCCCCGGAGCUUCGGGAUCUGUUGCGGCAGCGUCUGGGGGCGCUGGAGACCCAGCUCCUCCGGAAGGUGGCCGAGCUGGAGGAGGAGAAGAGCCAGCUCUACAAUGAAACAGCGGCCCACCGCCAACGCACCGAGAGUGCACUCAAUUCCCUCCUGGAGAGGAUAACGGAGCUCGAGAAAAGUAAUAAUGCAUUCAAGUCACCUGAGGAUUUCAAGGUGUCGCUCCCUCUUCGUACCAACUAUCUGUACGGACGCAUCAAGAAGAGCCUCCCAGAGAUGUAUGCCUUCACUGUCUGCAUGUGGCUCAAGUCCAGCGCCAGUCCCGGCAUUGGAACCCCGUUUUCCUAUGGUGUACCAGGCCAGGCCAACGAGAUCGUCCUCAUCGAGUGGGGGAACAACCCCAUCGAGCUACUAGUUAACGAUAAGGUGGCCCAGCUCCCUCUGUCAGUGAGUGACGGUCGCUGGCAUCACAUCUGCAUCACCUGGACGACCAGAGACGGUUUCUGGGAGGCGUACCAGGACGGCGAGCGCCUCGGCACCGGGGACAACCUGGCUCCCUGGCACCCAAUUAAACCUGGAGGGGUGAUCAUCCUGGGCCAGGAGCAGGACAUCGUUGGAGGCCGUUUCGAUGCCACCCAGGCCUUCGUAGGCGAGCUGAGCCAGUUCAACAUGUGGGACCGAGUACUACGGCCCGUGGACAUCAUGGGUCUGGCCAACUGCUCAGCUUACAUGCCUGGAAAUGUGGUUCCUUGGAUUGACGCUAACGUGGAAGUGUUUGGGGGCGCGAGUAAAGCCGCUCUGGAAAUCUGUGAAGACCGCGCGUUUGAUUCCUAAAGGAUCUGAUGUGAGGAAUCCGGUCUGACUGCUGGGAUCUGGAAGCCAAGUGGUCUGACUGUUUGUUGCUUCUCUGGAAUCCCAAAGGCGAAGGAUUUCAGUGCAACAUUUUUACAUAUUUAUGUGGUCUGAAUGUGCAGUCUCAAAGACUCAGCGUUUAUUGGACUCAAGUUCACAUGUCCAUUCAAUGUGAACCCUGAAGACGUUACAGGAGACUUCAAAUUAGUCUGCUCAUCUGAAGAAGACAUGCUGUUGCUGUAAUGAUAUGACCCGCUGUCACUCUGUGUUUUGUCUUCAGUAGAUCCGCUUUCAUUUGACUCCUCUUUGAAAAACAGCUCUUUUGGUUGUGUUUCCUUAUAACGACAAUGCUGCACUGUAUUCGUAGUGAAUGUGAGCUCAAACAGGCUUUGAUGUGCUGCGGAAAACUAUUCCCGAGUAACACGGUAGCGCGCUACAGGCUGCGAACUUCCUGGCUGUUUGAAGAGCAACGAGACGUGCAGCGGAAUGAGGUGGAUGAGUUCAAAGUGGACAAGAACAACCCUUGCUGCUGAUUAUUGUGAGGCGUCCCGACAUGGCAGGUUGUUUAAAAAUUAUGCAUGAGCCUGAGUGAGUGAGAAGGAGUGGCGGUGCAUGCUUUCUGUCAAUACACAGCGUGGUUGUGUGUCCAAACAAGCGGACUAGAUUACAUAAGGCUGUGUGUGUAUGUUCAUGUGCGUAUGGCUUGUCUUGCGUGUAAAAAGACCAGAGAUUAUGAGGGGAGGGAGGAUAUUUUCAUUCUUGUAGCUAAAUCUAUGCUUAAUACCUCACUGCCCCUUGAGCAGCUGCCAUGUCCCAAACAGCUUUAUGGAUGGGCCGGCUCUGCUCAGGUUAAUAGCGAUGUCGGACAGCUGCCCAGGACUGGCGAGUGGACAGAGCCGCUGAGUGCUCGGCGAGCGGCUUUGACCUUCAAGGACAAUCCUUAAUUUCUCAUCUGGGUAGUAAUUAUCCGUGUUUGUGAAUGGCGGUGAGCGGCGCCCGUCCGCUGGCGUCUCUCUGAGCUAAGUGUGUCACAGUUGAUAAAAUAGUGAGACGUGGAGGGGGGGAAGUCAAAUGAGAGCAGCACUCUGUGGACGUUAUAAAUGUCGCUGUCAGAUGGAGUUUUGGUCCUAAUUGCCUCACACCGAGCGAGAGAAAAAACAACUUUUGAUCCAUUGAUGUGUUAUAUUUUUUAAAAAUGAAUUAGGCACCUGAUGGAUUUAGCUUUGGUGACUGAAACUGAUGCUUUUUGCAGCUUAAUUACUGUUCAGUGUUGUUGUGGACAUUUGUUUCAGCGCUGUUUGUCUUUGAUUAGUUCCCAUAAGGACACAAAUGGAAGAGAGACAGCAAAGACGCAAACUUUGGUAGUUUCUUUCUUCCUCUUUGUGGAUUUUCCUCAGAUGCUAGCAUAAAAGCCAUUAAAAAGCUUCUCUCCACAUUUGAAAUGCAGCAGGUUGUUAGACAGCACAGAAUGUUGAAAAGGUGCACACUCAGUAGUAUAAGGACUUGUUAACAUGUUGUGAUCGUUCCUCUUUUGGGUGUCUUUGUUAACAAUGUUUUAAUGUAAAAAAAAAAAAAGAGAUUUCUUUCCUGUAGAAAGUGUAUUUUACUUGCUUUUUUCUGCUCAUGAUUUUUGUCCAUUAGCAGCACAUUAUGUACAACAACAACAAAAAAACAGAAGUACUAAAAAAGCGCUUCGUUUAAAUGGUGAAUGGCCUUUUGUGAGAACCGUAUGUGCUUUUGCUCGUGGACAAUUCCAAAUUUUUGUCAGCUUUUUAAAGCACAGCUCACUAACUGCACAGAGGGACGCUAGAAAAAGCUAAAUUUGUUUGCUGUCAUUGUUUAAAGUCUCUUUAUCGUGUGCAGUAACGAUUUAAGUUUUGCACUUUCCUGCCACACGGUUGAAUGUCCUCAAGGAUCAUUCCAGAACUGGAGGACAUUUGGGCUUCAAAAUGUUUGAAAAAUAAACCUUCUCUUUUACAGUUUUCUGCUCCAUAUUCAUCAAUAAUAGGUAUUGAUUGGCUCAGCUUCCACAUCAAUGGUAGCAUUUUUAUUCCAUGUUUUCUGUGUUGUUUGCUAACCCUACUCUAAUCACAGUAACAGGGUUGCUAAUCCAGAGAGAGACAUUCAAUCAAGGCUGACAAUGGGAUGAAAAUAUGAAAAAUAGAAGAGAGGACAUAGCUUUGAUCUACCUAUUCUAUAGGAAAACUGUUCUAUGAUGUAAACGACAAAAACAAGACAUAAAACAACAGAAACGAGACAGAAAAUGACAGAAACAAGACGCAAAAUGACAGAAACAAGACAGAAAAGACAAAAACGUCCUGACAUGUUAUGCUAACAUGUUGCGGGACAUACGUUCAACACAAAAUAAUUAUUAUUUAAAGUAUUAUGUCGAUUAAAAAAAAUGUUCCUACAAUUAUAAGAGACAUCAAUGUAAAAAUUAUACCCAAAAAAGGAGAUCUAAAUUUCAUUGGAACUGUUUUAUUAGAGAUUCAGUUUGGUCAUCAGGGGGAUGGGACAAGAGAAAAAUAGCAUUUUAGGGGGAACUCCAGACUUAUUUGUUGUAUUUUUUUUUAAUUACUAUAAAUUUUGUAAAAAUAACCAUAAAUCUAGCAAUAUUGACCAUAAAUUUAGCAAAAUUAACCCCGAAUUUUGCAAAAUUAACCAUAAAUUUUGUUAAAGUAGCCAUAAACUGUUUAAGUUGAGAUUCUGUUUGGUCAUUGGGGGGGUGGGACACGAGAAAAAUGGCAUUUUAAGGGGAACUCCACAUUUAUUUGGUAUUUUUAAGAUAUUUUCAAGCAUUGUUUUCUCCUAUUUUUUUUUUUAGAUUUGGCUUCAGGACAAGAACAUUUACACAACUGCAUAUUUUAAUAUUUUGUACAUUGAAAUUUGAUGUGGAGAAUGUCCUCCAAUUCUGGAAUGACCCUUAAAAUAAAAGAAUUGUUUCAUCCACAGACAGAACAAUUAAAGCUGCAACUUAACAAUG